GCCGCUGUCGAUGACUGCAGAGGUACAACAGGCUCCGUCCUCUCAGCCCCCUCCUCCCGCGGCGCACGGCGGCUGCAGCCUCAUGUCCUCCGCGCUGGAGAAGCAGCAGCAGCAGCAGCCGGGCUCGGCCAUGGAGUCCGCCUCCUCCGCCGCCGGCAGCACCCCCGCGGGCGGCGGCGGCAAAGCCAAGAAGAGCAACGCCGGGAUCCGGCGGCCGGAGAAGCCCCCUUACUCCUACAUCGCCCUGAUCGUCAUGGCCAUCCAGAGCUCGCCCUCCAAGCGCCUGACGCUGAGCGAGAUCUACCAGUUCCUGCAGAGCCGCUUCCCCUUCUUCCGCGGCUCCUACCAGGGCUGGAAGAACUCCGUGCGCCACAACCUCUCGCUCAACGAGUGCUUCAUCAAGCUGCCCAAGGGGCUGGGCCGCCCGGGCAAGGGCCACUACUGGACCAUCGACCCGGCCAGCGAGUUCAUGUUCGAGGAAGGCUCCUUCCGCAGGAGGCCCCGCGGCUUCAGGAGGAAAUGCCAAGCUCUCAAGCCCAUGUACAGCAUGAUGAACAGCCUGGGCUUCAACCACCUCUCCCCGGAGAGCUACGGCUUCCAGGGCACGGCCGGGGGCCUCUCCUGCGGCCCCAACAGCCUGGGCCUGGAUGGGGGCCUGGGCAUGAUGAACGGGCACUUGCCCAGCAACGUGGACAGCAUGGGCCUGGGGGGACACUCCGUGCCCCACCUGCCUGCCAACGGCGGGCACUCCUACAUGGGCAGCUGCACCGGCUCCUCCGGGGGCGACUACCCGCACCACGAGAGCUCCGUGCCGGCCUCCCCGCUGCUGGCCAGCGGCGGGGUGAUGGAGCCCCACUCGGUCUACUCCAGCUCGGCCUCGCCCUGGGCCCCUUCGGCCUCGGCCGCCUUGAACAGCGGGGCGCCCUACAUCAAGCAGCAGUCCUUGUCCCCCUGCAACCCCGCGGCCAACCCGCUCUCCUCGGGCCUCUCCACGCACUCCCUGGACCAGUCCUACCUGCACCAGAACAGCCACAACGCCGCAGAGCUGCAAGGAAUCCCUCGGUAUCAUUCCCAGUCUCCAAGCAUGUGCGACAGGAAAGAAUUCGUCUUCUCUUUCAACGCGAUGGCCUCUUCCUCGAUGCAUUCAGCAGGGAGUGGAUCUUACUAUCAUCAGCAAGUGACAUACCAAGACAUCAAGCCGUGUGUUAUGUGAUAACAGGCAAAUAAGCCAACUUUUGGGGACCCCCCCCAAUCACGACACAAAGGAAACUU